UCCUGACUUAUCCUUUUUGAAACAUGGCAGUUCUUCCAUGUGCACACUGACGAGAAUUUAUUCCCGAUUUCAGUGAAAUUUGUUAUAAAUUUUGUUCAAGAGAAUAGUUUUCGUGUGUAAAAUUAGUUAAAAAUGAAGUUGAACGUUUCGUUUCCGGCCACGGGUUGCCAAAAACUCUUCGAAGUAGUAGACGAACACAAGAUUCGUAUUUUUUACGAAAAACGCAUGGGCCAAGAAGUUGAAGCCGAUGCUUUGGGCGACGAAUGGAAAGGGUAUAUCCUGAAAAUAGCUGGUGGAAAUGACAAACAGGGAUUUCCGAUGAAACAGGGUGUUUUGACAAAUGGUAGAGUACGUCUUUUACUAUCGAGGGGCCACUCAUGCUACAGACCCAGACGUACUGGUGAACGUAAAAGGAAAUCAGUACGUGGCUGCAUUGUUGAUGGAAAUCUUUCGGUUUUGGCUCUAGUUAUUGUAAGAAAAGGCGAACAAGAAAUCCCUGGACUUACAGACACUACCAUUCCCCGUCGUCUAGGACCCAAGAGAGCUUCCAGAAUCCGCAAGCUGUUCAACCUUAGCAAAGAGGACGAUGUUCGCCAAUAUGUAGUUAAACGCCCAUUGCCCGCCAAAGAAGGUAAAAAACCAAGGACGAAGGCCCCCAAAAUUCAACGCCUCAUCACUCCAAGUGUUCUACAAAGGAAACGUCAUCGUUUGGCACUCAAGAAGAAGAGGUGUUUGAAACGCAAAGAACAAGCAGACACUUUUGCUAAGUUGCUGGCCCAACGCAAGAAAGAGUCAAAGGCACGUCGUGAGAUGCUCAAGAGGCGCCGGUCAGCCAGUAUGCGUGACAGUAAAUCAAGCACUCAUAGUGGACAAAAAUAAAUUGAUUUUUUUUUAUAUUUUAAUAAGGCAAUGUGAGGAUUAAACGUUGUUGCUUGAAAUUGAAUAUUUAUAUUAAUAGUUUAUUCCUGAUCCCUUUUCCUGAUUGUUUAAAUAUAUUUUUUUGAUGUUAGUAGAGUUGAAAAAGUAAAAAAAAUAUAGUAUACUUUUUAAUUUUAACUGAAAUUUGUUGUAUAAUGUCAUUUAU